AUGCCUGACUUUACUGGUCUCGAGCUCACUGGCAAGGCUGCCAUCGUCACUGGCGCGUCUCGUGGCCUUGGUGCCGGCAUUGCUAUCCUGCUUGGCAAGCAAGGUGCCAACGUGGUGGUCAACUACGUGUCGGACGGCAGCAGAGAGCGAGCUGAGAAGGUCGCUCAGGAGAUUGAGGCCAAUGGCACAAAAGCUAUUGUUGUCCAGGCCGAUGUCAGCCAGACUGCUGAGAUUCCUAAAUCCUCAUUCACAAGUAAGUUUGGUUCCGUGGAAGGUGCCCGUCUCGGAGUCGCUGGACAGACAGUCUACGCCGCUACCAAGGCAGCUGACGAAGCUCUCGUUCGUGUCUGGGCCAAAGAGCUUGGUCAGUCACACGGCAUCACAGUAAACUGUGUGAACCCUGGUCCUAUCGCUACAGAUCAAUGGUUCCAGAGUGAUGAGCAGUUCCUCAAGGAUAUGCAACCUCUGAUUGACUCUACGCCUGCUGCGGCGCGUGUUGGUGAGGUUAGUGAUAUUGCGCCUUUGGUUGCGUUCCUUUGCACGGAUGAUGCAAAGUGGACGACGGGUUCUGUUCUUUCUGCCAAUGGUGGUCUAUACAAUUAG